CGGUGGCUUGGGGCCCCUCCCCCAGAAGAUGGCGAGUCCGUGCGGGCGGCAGGAGUGCUCCAUCGAGAGGCGCGGCUUCCGCCACCAGCUCGACUCGUGGCGACAUCGGCUGCUGCGCUGUGUGGGAUUUGAAAGUAUUCUAGAAGGGCUGUUUGGACCUGAAUUAUUAAAAGAUCUGAGUUUAUUUAAAGACUUUGAGCCUGAAGGUGUCUCUGAUUGGUCUUUCGAUGAAAAUUGUCUUUUCUGCUGUUUGAGAAGAGAGAAAGUAAAGGAACACUUAGUCAGUCUGGAUGAGCCAGCUUUGGAAGUUGGGCACCAAGUUCUACAUAGACAAGAGCAAACAAAGAUCAUUCGGUUUGAGAGGCAAGCGGAAGAAUUCCUCCAUGCAGUCUUUUAUCAGAAAGACAGUCCUAGGGUCUCUGACCCCAACAUUCCCCUAGUGGCCCGCAAGAUCAUGCAGCGGAUGAUCCGGCAAUUUGCUGCAGAAUAUACCUCAAAAACUAGCUCUACUCAGGAUUCCAGCUCGCCCAAUAGCACAAAGAACCAAAGCCUGCUGAAAGCAUCUCCGGUUGCCUCAUCCUCUGCGGGUGCAACAGCUCAGAACCCUGUGCUCAGCAAACUUCUCAUGGCUGACCAGGACUCACCCUUGGACCUCACUGUCAGAAAGUCUCAAUUGGAUCCUAGCGAACAAGACGGAGUGCUUGAUCUGUCCACUAAGAAAAGCCCUUGUGCAGGCAGCGCCUCCUUGAGCCAUUCACCUGGCUGCUCCACUGCUCCUGGGAAUGGGCGACCUGGGAGACCCAGCCAGCACCAUGCAGAGGGACUUCGGAGUGGUGAUGGGGUGCCCUCGAGAAGUUGGCAGGAUGGAACGAGGGAAGGGUCUGGCCACUCCACAUCUCUCAAAGUUCCAUUGGCUCGAUCACUGCAGAUAAGCGAAGAACUGCUGAGCAGAAACCAGCAUGCUACAGCUGCCAGCCACGGGCCAUCUGGGUUGCAGAAUCACGGACAGCACAUGAUACUUUCCAGGGAGGCUUCUUGGGCAAAACCACACUACGAAUUCAACUUCACCCGAAUGAAAUUCAGGGGAAAUGGUGCACUCAGCAACAUCAGUGACCUUCCUUUUCUUACAGAAAACUCAGCCUUUCAAAAAAUGGCACUUCAAACUAAACAGGAUGUGAAAAAGGACAUGAGCCAUUCAACUCCUGUGGAUUUAAAGAUACCACAAGUUCGAGGCAUGGACCUUUCGUGGGAGUCCCGUUCUGGUGACCAGUAUAGCUACGGCUCUUUGGUGAUGGGUUCACAAACGGAGAGCGCGCUUAGUAAAAAGUUAAGGGCUAUCCUUCCGAAACAAAACAGAAGGAGCUUGCUGGAUCCUGGACCAGAUUCCUGGGGCUCAGAUGCUGAGCAAUCUACCUCUGGACAGCCAUAUCCCACCUCUGAUCAGGAGGGAGAUCCUGGCUCUAAGCAACCUCGGAAAAAAAGAGGCAGAUACAGACAGUACAACAGUGAAAUAUUGGAGGAAGCAAUUUCUGUGGUGAUGAGUGGGAAAAUGAGCGUUUCCAAAGCUCAAAGUAUUUAUGGGAUUCCCCAUAGCACCCUGGAGUAUAAAGUGAAAGAGAGGCUGGGCACUUUGAAAAACCCUCCAAAGAAAAAAAUGAAAUUAAUGCGGUCGGAGGGACAGGAUGUCUCUGUAAAGCUUGAGAUAGAACCCCAGGGAGAGGCAGCACAGAGUGCAAAUGAGUCAAAGGAUGAUUAGGGAUGUUGUUAGAGUGCCAAUUACAUAAUAAACUGGGUGAGCACUAUGGCAUUGUUCAACUCCCACUUUAUGUACCUGAUUCCUCUUCAGUCACUGGGUGCAGGACAUGCUCCUUUGCAGUUCAGCAGAGACUUACGUGGACACAGGGGAAAGGGUGCUCUGAAUGUUGCAUAUUUGUAAAUUUUCUGGCCCAAAAUGGCUUAGAGCCCUUUUUUGUGUUCUGUUCUGUUUUUGUUUUUGGCCUUUGCAUGUUUCUCUAAUAUUUUAUAGAGAAUUGAGUUACCUCACAAAAAUGCAGACAUGGAAGUGGACUGCUUGCCUCUUGAGCCUGCAUGGACUUUCAGUUAUUUUAUGGGGUUUGCUUUUUUCACAUGGCCUUUUAUUUAAAAAAAAAUCACUCUCUUGAACUCUAGAACCAGACUUUUAAAACAAGAACUGGAUCUUUGCUUUAUAACAAGUUUUUCACAAUAUUAUUCUUGGAUCCAGUUGGCUUGAAAGAAAGCUUAAACCUCUUGAAAAUAGUAGCUGGUUUUGAAUUUAGAGAUUGGUGGUUGAGGUUUAGUCAGUUCAGUCUAAUUGGAAUAAUUUUGUUUUACAUUCAGCUACUUUAUUAUUUGCAGUCUGCUUAGUGCUCACCCGGCGGGGUGGGUGGGAAUGGGAUGGGGGAGCUUUACAUACACUACCUUCAGAAUGAUUGGGUUAAUUUCUUUGGAACACUACCUUCACUGUAAUUGUUUGCUUUUUUUUAUGAAGGUGAGAGUUGAACUCACCUGCUUGAGGAUGUAGCCUUAUCUCAACAAACUCCUUGUAUUCAGGAGCAUCAGGGUACACUGAAUUAUAUACUGGGGUAUUCCUCACUUUAACAAAAUACAGCUUUUCUUUUACAACCUACAUACUUUCAACAGACUGAAUUCAGAGUUUGCUAAACAGUGCAUUUCCAACAGCUUUUUUAAAAAACCUCUUCGGGGUGGUGGUGGUGGUGGUGGUUCAGGAAUAUAUAUAACGGCUUACUGUACUUUUGGACAAAAACAGUCAAAAUCCUCAUAUAACCCACUAAUCUCUAAACAUUACAACCUCAAUAGCUUGCCUAACUAGUCAUGUAAAUGAAGGAUCUAUAUUAAUGUUCAGGGAAGAAAUUUUUACGAAUCUUAGUAAAAUCCACGAUCAGGCCAUUCUGAUCUGGCUUAGGCUGAGCAUAACACUGUCAGGGUUGAACACCCAAUGGGUGUUUCCUUUUUAAAUACUGAAGUUGCCAGUAGCAGGAAAUGUUCUUGCAUAUUUUGAUUUUUUUUUGUUUUCUUUUAUCCAUUGUUGAUUUAAUAGUUAGCUCACAUUCAUGUAGGAGACACCACUAGCACUCCUAAGUCCUUUUUUAGUUACCAUGGCAUCUGAUCAUUCUUUUGUUUUAAGCUUUAAUAAAGCUUUCUGGACUUGCAGCUUCACUAAAUCAUACUCACUGGUUCUUCAGGUUAGAGAGAUGUUUUGAUCUUACCUCUGCAAAUGACUGAUAGAACACCACUCUCCUGCUUUGCACAACCAAAUGAGGCAGUGGAACUGGUAUGUGAGAUGACAUUGAGCACUCUUCUUGUUUUGGUAUCUUAUGUUAAUGACUGAAAGUAAAUGCUAAGAUUCAUGGGAAGAAAGGCCUAGAUAGCCCCAGGGCUGCUGCUUAAAUUUGGGGACAGUUAAUUGAGUUGGCCUUCUUGAUUGGAUGAUUGAAUACAUUGAGUUGCUGGAAAGCAAAGGUUAGGCACACCAUUGCUGUCAUGUUAAAUAUGCACUUCUCAUUCUUGAGAGAGACUGGGCUUUUGUCCAGAUAUGCUUUGUACUACUGUUCUUAGACCUUUUUGUUUUGUUAGCUUAAUGCAUUUCCAUACUCAAAAAGCAGAGUUCCUGUAGCUAUCUAGUUGUCAUCCCAGUUCAGAAACCUGUUUGAAUCUCCAUAGUGGUAUAGAAACUCUGCAAUAUAAUCCAGUUCCACUGGAAAUUGCAAUAAAAUGCACUCUUUUAAAUGUGUGGUUUCAUCUGCUAUUGAAAGUGUGGGAGAAGGUUUGCUGCAAGCUAGAAGUGUAACACUUGCAUAGAUUUUUACUUUCAGAGGUUUAACCUUUUGUGGCUGUUUUUAUUUAAGUGAUGUAUGAGUUGAGUUCUGUAAAACCCUAUCAUAGUGUAUGUGACGUGCUCAUUUUACUUACACAAAUAUUUUCUAUGUUAUCAUUAAGUGGAUGACAAUCGUGCAGCAGAAAAAUGGUGUGCCUACCCUUUAAUGCUGCAGUUUAGAAAGAGAACUAAUUGUAUGUCAUUUCAGACCAUACUUUGAGAACUGUAAAUAGAUAGUGAUAGUUGCAUACUUUUAUUGUUUUGGUUAGGAAAAGAAUUAAACAACCAAACACUUAAUUUUCUCAGAUUAAAAGUCCUGGGACCUGACGAUUGUAAGAUUCUUGUCUGCAAAGCUUUUAAAUAUAACACAUAAUAUCUGUGAUCACUUCCUAUUCAGGUUUUAAACAAAAAAACACCCAGAAGCUUUGAAACAACCAUAUUUCCUCAAAGGUCUCUGUUUUUUUACAAAAGGAAAAAGUAGGUUAUUUUUAAAGCACUAAUUGCAUUACCUUGGUAAAUGCAAUAUAAAAUAGCCAUUAUUGUUUUGUGAAGCAUGGUUAAAAUUAGUUAGUUGUCCCUUUCUAAAAUUUCAGAAGCCUCUCAAAAAUAAACAAAAAAGCUGCUGAAUAUUCAAAAAGAUAUAAAUAUAUAUUUUAUUGUAGGUUUUGUAAAGUUAGUCUGUAAUAUUCAGGUGCACCUUUUUAAUGUUAAACUUUUUUUAAUGAUUUCAUCUCAACUGUUUUCUCCAAGGUGGCUCAUCCUUUAGCUGUAUCUCAGUCAAGAUCCCUAAGUGACCCACUUAAGUCAGACUGCUCUGACAGGCCCCUUUGGUGUAGCUUUGAGUAGUGUUUGAGAGCAUCUUGCCUAUAGAAGAAAUGGAAUCAGUAUUUAUCCAUUAGCAUGCUUAAUUUUCUGCUAACCAGACGUUUGCAUGGCCAAAAUCCCCAACUGACCAUAGUUGGAUAUGGAAAGAUGUGGUUUGCUGCUGUCUUUGUAAGAGAAGCCUUGUUUUCUCCUAUUUCCAGUAAAUUGAUACUUAUAUUGACAUGUGGAAGAGAUAGGCUUUAGGCCUGGUUUUCCCUGCUGUUUUUGAGGUAUGUUAGGAGGGCAUAGCUAAAUGUAAUGCUCCAGAGAUAGUGUUGUUUGUAGGAGAAACAUCCAGGCAUUUUGAUCACAUGCAUCAAACCUAAAACCAGAAUUGGAUAGAAUUAUGGCAUAUCUAUGGUGGUGUUGCUUGUGUCUGGAUGACAAAAAGAAACUGUGAACAUUUUUUGUGGCAACUUUGGCUUCUACAGAUGAGGUCUCAUGAAGGAUAGUUUUCCCUCUGCUCCCAGCCCAGAAGACUAAUGUUAGAGUGUGUGUAUGUAACGUUUAAAAUCAAGUUCACUAUUGUUCUGGAAUAUAAAUGUUGCUUGGUGACCUUUUGCUGCAGCAGGUUAUACAGAAGAAUAAGGCUUAGUGUUGUAGGGGUACAAGUGUGGAGUUAAUUAUUGUACAGUUCUGUGGAGAGAGCUCAGUGUGUAGAAUAUGUAUCAGUUUUUUUUACUUGGACUUGUAAAAUAUAAAAGUUCUUUCCUGACAAUUCUGGAGAUGUGAUGGACUAUUACCUCUCUGUCAGCCAUUCUGAAACCUCAUUUCCUGUGUCCUAGGCCUUUUCCUUUUCACUAUAGCUAUCAGGAAUGGAAGUUAGAGGGUUUGAGCUCUUGGCCUUGCUUUGUAAUAACCCCCCUUCAAGUUCACCAGUUUAUUAAAUUAGUUGAAGAAUAGUUCCCCCAGAAGCACUUAAAAUUCUGUUCAUGCAGUAGCCCUGUGCACCAAGAAUAUGUCCUUGCUUCUGGCUGGUUCCAGAACUGUUCAAUACUGCUUGCUGCUCUGUCUCCAAAAUAAAGGUUUAGUCUGAAUGUUUUUUUGAAUAUUUUCUGAUGCACAUCUGGUAUUAGAAAGCUGUCAUUUUAAGUAAGUCCUUCGAAGUUCACUAGUUUAUUAAAAUAACGUGAGAAUAGUUGCCUCAGACCCACUUAAGAUUCUGUUCUUGAAUUAAUCCCUAGUCUGCCCUUGCUUUCCUAUACAUAUUGGCUGGUGCCUCUGAUAUCGGAUGGAAUGAUCAAUAUGUCAGUAAGCCAGUUAACAGUCCAGAAGUGAGGGGGGGAACAGACUUUUUUGUGUGAUUCAAAACCAUCAGGAUUUAAUGAAUUUAAGAUUAAAUUAGGUAUUUUAGUAUUUAUGAGGCAAAAAAGACAUGGCACUUCAGUGGGUUCAGGAAGAAUACUUAGCAUUCCCCUUUCUUUUUGGAAGCACUUUGCUAGAAAUCUAAAAUGGUAAUUUUAGUCUGACCCCUUCAGUCCAUUGGUGGGGCAAUUCAGCUGCUAGCCAAGACUGCCUGAAGGACUCAGGCAGCCUUCAAAAGAGACAUUAUAUCAAAAAUAAUUGUAUUCUUAUGUUUUAGGUGCAUAAAUGAGGUCUUUUGUAGGACGUUCUAGGAUGCCCGUGCCUUGAUGGGCAUAAGGCAUCACUUUUUCCCACACUGUAAUUUCAGAAACUGGUUUUUCUAAAGAUGUUUUUACUAAUCUCACCUUGCUUGCUGCCUGUGAGUUACAUUUUCUACAGAUGGCUUACAAUAUGUUGCUUGUCUAACCAACUGUUUUCAAGCUUCAGUUUAAAAUCAUAGAAGAAUAAUGGAGUUGGAAGGAAUCCUCACAAGCUCCUUCACAAACAUACUUUCCUUGUAGUCUUCACCCAUGAUAAAUAGUUUACAGUAAAGGUGGUAAUUGAAAUGCUUUUUAGCUCUGCAGAGUUACUUUGUGAUUUUACCUGUUUAGUGGAACAAAACUACUGAGUGGUGAUAAGUGAAAAGUUUGCAUAUUAAUGGCUGAAUUGUUUUGCCAUGCUGUAUGCCACACUGGCUUGUGUAGCAAACAUAGAACAGAAACUGGUUCAGCCAGUGGUGGAGAUUCUAAUGCACUAGAGACAGAGAAGAGACUUAUUUUCUGUUCAUCCUCUCAACAGCUUGCAUCUUUGUAUUAGGACCAGAAGAGGCAAUGUGGAUUAUACAGUAGAGGGUAUAUAGGCUCUCUAACACCAUAGCUUGUAUUGGCAGAGAAGAAGUGGGAAAGGAGUAGCAGGCUGGCCAGGGAGGAAGGCUGAGCAUGAAGUAAUCUUCAAGGGCUUGGACAAGGGAAAGGUGUGGAGUUUGAGAUAUGUGGCCUCUGGCAAUGUAUCUUUGAAAUGUAGAAUUUCAGGUAUAUUUUUGGUAAUUAUAUCACAGAUACCAACUCAUGAGUUGAAAUUUGCUAAAGCGAAUAAACUUCCUGCAAAAUUUUAAAAUUAUACAAUGACAGAUGAAUUAGAAGUCACAGGUAUUUAUAACUUAACUUUUUAGUCAUUGCUGAUACUCUGUAGCCUUCUAAAUAAUCCAUAGAUAACACUCAAGAUACCACAGAAGGAAGCUCUUAUCUACUACAGCAUCUUCCCCUGGCACGAUACUGGGAUUUCAUUUAGGCAAAUUUGUAUAUUAAUAGCAUAUUCAGUCCUCCAGAAUUAUCUGUACUUGGAUAAUGUCCUUUCCUUGUAACAUUCUCAAGAAAGUAAUAGCCUGAUCACAGAAAUUAUUUUUAUUGGUAUGUUUUUGAAUUAUAAGAAAAUUUGAGUUUCUUCAUUGUAGAUAAAGUAUACUCAUUAUGAGUUAUUCAUGAGAAGAAAAUUUUACUGAGUCACGUAGCUUAUGAAAAUCUGAUUCAAAUAUUCCCCCUCCACUCCAAAACUACAGACAUGACUCUUCAGCUUCUCAUGUACCUCACAUUUGGUGCUAUACAUCAGAACUGUAUAGGCUUGAUAGGAAAAUGUACAAGAAUAAUCACAGACCAUUAACAUGCUUGAUUGACCUUUUUAUAAUUAAAAGACAAACACAGAAAAGGGACCUUCAGCACUUUUAUUGUUACAGCUCAAGUCUUACUUUAUCUGGUCUUCAGAGUCCAAGGUACUGUAGAAAUUUUAGUUCACAGAAGAUUGAUUCCGUUUUAGGUCAGAUAAUUUCUUUUGAUGGUAAUCUUUUGAUCUGUCUUUAAGAAUACAUAAAUACAUUUUUUGUAAUGUUCAGGCAGCUUCUGGGCGUAUGCAUCUGAUACUUUAAAAUAAACAUUUCAGUAGACCAUUUCAGGGCUUGAAGAUUUGGGAUCUAAAUGGGGGAGGCUAGAUGAAGUUUCCCAAAUGAAGAGUAGUUUUAGACCAUUGUGUAGUGCUCAGUUUGAAAGUAUAUCAUUAGGGAAUGGGUAGGGAUUCUCUCUCUCCCUUUCGUCUUCAGGGAAUGAGCAGUAUUUAGAAUCUUUGGCUGAAAUUCAAGCCUUUUACCAUGUAAAUUUUAAUAUAAAUUUACUGACAAGCUUUUUACAUCAGAUGACUGAAAAUGGAUCUUAAUGUUUUAAGUUGUUGAACAGUAUAUUUCUUAAAUGAAGGGGGAAAAUAAAAAAACUAACUAGAUUAGUAUACCAGCAUUAGUGAUCUUAAGGGAUUUUAGUAUGUAAUAGGAAAGUCUGAUUUAAAAUCUAAUCUUGAAUUGCUAGUCUGUAAACUAGGUGCGUUCUGCAUUAGCAGGUGAAACUUGUUGAGAGAGGGUACGUGGCGGCUGUCACAUACCCUAGCAUCAGAAAAAAACAGAUUACAGACUGCAACCUCUCUUGAGUCCCAUUUGGUGGUUCUAUCCAUGGGAUUUUUGCUUACAGCAGCUUACUGCUGCUUAAACAUGUAUAAAUAUGUUUGAGUGUUUUGCUCAUAACUCUUUCUAACCUCCACUUGUUAAAUUGUCAAAUGUUGGUAUUUUAUCAGUCCGCAGUGUAAGUUAUAAACUAACGUGCUUAGGAUUUCAGCUUGUACACACACUGUUUGAAAACCCUCAGGGACAGUUUACACACUACCCUCACUCAAUUCAGGUACUUAUACACUAUUCUUAAACCUAGCAGUGACUUGUAUUUUGUUUUUGCUUUUCUUUUGAUGUGCUAAUAGCACGUCCUUGAUGAAUGUCAAUUUAAACUCAGUUCAGGUAUCCAGGUAUAACUCAGCCAAACCGAUUUUAAAGCUGCAUAUUACUCUCCAGCACGCAGUGCCUCAGACACGUAGUGGCAUUCUGUAUAUUCAGUUAAUACUACUGAGCAAGAUCGCAUGGGGGUUCCUGAUAAUUAUGUAUUGUAAGAAAUUUCUAUAUAUAGUAUGUGUAUUAUGCUAUAUACAUAUAUAUUAUAUAUGUAAUCUUAAACGUAUAUAUUUAAAAAUGCCACUACCAAGCCAGCACAGCUAAUGUCAAAUACAUUCCUUGCUGCUUCUGUAAAUGAAGCAGAGGCAGCUUCUCAGUAUGGCUGUGGUUUCUCCUUCAUCCCAGGUACUUCUAAACUUGAGCACUGGCCCUUGGAUGUCUGACCUCUACAUUCUAGUUAUGCAAUGUCUUUAGGAAUUCUGUGCACUGGCCACUGUGAUGGAAGCCAAUGGGCCAGAUUGGCUUGAAUUUAUUAGUAACCCUUCUGCCAAAGUUGGUAUUUUAUGGCAAGAGUGUAAACGUUUCAAAUAAUCAUCAGCAGCACAUGCAUUGUGAGAGUAGAUGAUCACUCUCACAUGACCCCUUCCAGGUGAUUAACCUCUUGUGCCAUGCACUAAUGCUGAAUGUGUUGGCAUUUUACACCUGUAGUGUUGGGUCUGUUUGCUGAUCACAAAAGAGUGUAACAUGUUAAAAUAAAGCUUGCUGCAUGUGCUGGCAUUAAUUGUGUUGUAACUGUGUGUCAGCAAUGCCCUUGCUUUAUUAUUUGAUGUUUUACACUUCAGAAAGUUAUAUUUAUGUAAAGUACAGAAAAAUGGCAUUUUUCACAGACCUCCAAAAGUACAAGUGUCAUGGAAACGUAAAACAGGAACCCCCUUUUUAAUCUAUGGACCUCAUUUCAAUAUACUGUUUACAGUUUGACGGAAUUGUAUAAUUUAAUAUUUCUCUUGUACUGUAGUUUGUAUUUAUUUACAGAUUUUUUUGUACUGUGUGAUUUGAACUUUUUUCGUUCCUUGCUAUGAUCAACAUUUUAUGUAGUAGAGCACUUAUGAUCACAAAAUUAAGGUUUUUGGUUUGAUUGCACUACAUUUAAUUUUUAAUGCAGAUCUGAUUUUUUUGACUGGACUUAAUAAGCUGUGUCUUAAUGUAUGUGAUAAGUACUUAUAAAUUUUUAAUUCAUGUGGUCCACUCUUUUUUUCUUUUCUUUUUUGCAUUGUAUGUCAAAAGCUCUGAUUCCCUUGUUGUGCAUGUGUUAAGGGUUUAACAGCCCUGUUGUAUUCUUUGGCCAUGUCAUUUUGGAAACACAUUCCCAGCUGUAAUGUGUAUGGUAGUUUUCACUGGAUGCUAGACUUUUCAGAACCACUAUUCUUCUAAUAAAUUUUGUUGUGAAAACUUGAA